GCACUGCAUUGGCGGCGAGUGCCUGUUCUGCUAGUGCCUGUUCUACCGAGGCCUGGGAUUUGGAAGAUGUGGAUGUCUUGCAGCUGAUAGCUCCAGCGCCGUGUCCAUCCCUCGCAACCUGGAAGUCACAGGCGGCUCAUCUCGUCCGAUUUCAGCCCUGUGCUUCGGCGAAUAUCGUGCACUCCCGCUUGGGCGACGAAGGGCUCGUCUGCCACCUUUUCCGUCUUUUCUCGGGAGGCCCAAGCCCAAGGAGAGUGCGGCAGCCGUGAAGGUUCCUUCCGCCCGAAGACACAUGCCCAUGCGGACGAUGCAAGUCGCGAGGCUAUUAUGUUGUGGUAUCUCCUCUAUCCGCUGAGAGGGACGACCGAGGCGCCCGCGCUCGCUCCCACUCAUCCCUUGCGGAGAGCCUUUACGCGGUACGGCACCUGGACCGCUCGCCAUGUGAAGCUUGUCUUACCCCUAUCUGGGGCAAUUGUCUUCCUCUUUCUGUACCUAUUCCCCUCUCUCUACACCACCGAUGUGACGAGCUUCGCGAGUGGCGUCUCCUAUCUCCCACACCAUGUCUGGACCGAUGCGCAACCCCUGAGUGACCAGGCUGGCGUUGUGCCCGACGUCAUCAUGCGCUCACUCUGGGUUCAUGGGAGUUACAUGAAGGCUCUCCAGCACGAUGUCUUGCUCGGAGCCCUCGAGUUGCAGGACGAGAUCCUCGGCCCAACUGUCGACUUCAGCCCGCGCCAGCCAUACGGCCCUCGAGCGUUGCCGGAUCCGGAGGCUGACCUGGGCCGCCGGCAGCGAGAUGCAUUCCACAUCGUCAAUGGCCUGACUAACCAGUCGUGGUUUUUCCAUUCGCCGCUCCAGUACUGGUCUGGCUCGGCCGACAAGAUCCUCGCGGACCAGGACAUUGUGGCGACUGUCAACGAGAGAAAGGCACAGACGACCUCUGUCAACACGACCUUGCGCCACUCGAUCGUGUUCAGCGGGAAACGCUUCGAGGAGCGUCGGCUGGUCGCAGCAGAUGCACUCGUCAUCACCCUGAUUCACCUACACGACUCGCCUGUGGGCAGGCAGUGGGUGCGCAAGGCCGAAGCCCUGGCGCAGGCGGCAAAACACGAUGGCAAGUGGCAGAUCAUCCCGCCCGGCGGCAAGAGUACUUCGAAUCAGCUUUACGAAUUCCAAUUCCAGCCAAUGUCAUGGUCUGAGUGGGCGAUCCUGACGCUCGCCUACUUUCUCGCCUUAUCCUACCUGUUGCUAUCCAUGUCCAGGCUACGGGCGGUCAAGUCGCGGCUCGGUCUCAUGGCCGCCAUCGUGGUGCAGAUCACCGCGUCCAUCGUCUCGAGUUUCACGGUCUGUGCCAUCUUCAAGGUCGACCUUUCCCGCAUACCCUACUAUGCUUACCUGCUCGUGAUUCUUGUUCUCAGCAUGGAGAACUCCUUCAGGCUGAUAAACACCGUCAUCAUGACGUCCUCCACCAUCAGCAACAGCAACAGGAUAGGGGAUGCAUUCGGCGCAACCGCCCACAUCGCCGUCGCCAACCGGGUGCAGAACUUCCUCAUCCUCAUUCUCCUGUCGAGGAUGACGUACUCGGGCGUCUCGGCCUUCUGCACCUUUGCCGCCAUUGCUACACUUUUCGACUUCUUUUACCUUGCCACUUUCUUCCUCUCGGUCCUCAGCAUUGACGUGCGGCAGAGAGAGCUCCACGAGCUAGAGAAAAGCUCGUUGAAACGCAAGCUCGCCAACGCCGCCGAGCUGCCCCGGCAGCCGUGGAUCAACACCAUGUUCCCGAUCCGCCUGGGCGAGACCGCUCUGUCGACGAGAAUCGCAGGAACCAUCGUCUUGGUCGGCUUCGUUCUUAUCGCACAGGCGCAUUACGUCUCCGAGGGGCCCGGCCAGUGGUUGAAUCAACUCGUCAGCUGGUCGUGGAGGGCGGCUAGUGGCACGCCCAAAUCGACGCUGUUGGUUGACGUCCAUCAGGCCAGGAGUCCGACUUCUUGGCUGCGCCUUCAAGAUCACGAAACGGCGAGAGAGGUCAUCAGGGUCAUCAAGCCACGGGCUCACAGCUACGUGGCCCGCGUCUAUGAUCCGCUGGUCUUCGUGCUGAAAGGAUCCGACCGCACGCCAGAUACGAGCGAGCCUCUGUUCUUGCCCGCUCUAUACGAUUUCAUCCACCACCGCAUUCCUCAGUGUCUUGUCUGGCUGCUCACCGUUCUGGCUGCGCUCCGGCUUUUCACCGAGUACCUCAUAAGAGACCAGUCCAGAGACGGACCGGGACACCAUCCCGACGAUGAACCGCUACUGUCGGUCCAGACCAUGAGCAAAGGCCAUACGUUAGACGUUGCUAUGUUGACCGCAUCGCCCGGGGGCCAGCUAGUGUCGGUCGGACUCGACCGCUCCAUUCAAGUUUGGGAUGUACCUGCCGGGUCAAGGAGUCCGGUGCUCUCUGACCCGGAGGUGCCGCUGGAGAAUCCGUUCCCGGUCUUGAGCAUGGCCAUGGACGAUGAUGGGAGAUGGUUGGCACUCGUCUCUUGGCAGAGAGUAUUUCUGUGGAGUCUUGAGGAGCAACAGUGGGCGGGAACGAGGGAUAUCGACCUUGGCGGUCACAGGCCAGAGGCAGCGUUCUUCAUGACGAAGGCGCCAGACGCAAGACCGUCAUUAGUGCUGGUGAGAAGGAAUGGUGUGGGUCUGGAGAUACAACUGGGGAGCGAGGAGACCAGAGACUUCGUCAUAUGCAGGACGCCCCUGGUCUGGGCAGUCUCGUUUACAGAAAAGCGCCAACAAACUCUUUCUGUAUCCAUCCUCACGGCAUCUCGCAAGAACUGCAUCCACCUUGUCAGACAGCGGGCCAAUGAGUGGGUGUCGACCGAAGUCAAACACGAAGGGGAGCAGCAGGCAAAGGACAUUCACUGCCUGCUGCCUGUUUCGGCCAUAUCGAUGUAUUUAAUCGGCCGCUCGCAGUCCGUCGAUUUGGUAGAUCUCGACUCAUCGCUCAUUCUCCACACGUUCCGCACAGAGAUGAUGCGACCGCGGACAUUAAAGCAUAUUUGCGUCCCGAGCCCUCAAAGACGAGGCCUCGCAUCGCUGAUAUUAUCGUAUACCAGUGCCGAAACCGGUGAGCUGGUUGUACACAGUUACUUGCCCGAAACCGAGGCCGACGCAUUCACCUCCUUUUCGCCGGUGUCGCCGGGCAGCAGCCCUUCCAGCCAAUGGGGCCGAGCAGAAGAAACCAUCAAGCGCAUCCCAGACCCGGGCGUCUGGGAAACCCUCCCCAGCGGGAGCAUCGUCGGCAUCCGCCGGAAACAAAAACAGCGAUCGUCCUCGCCAACGGUAGCAUCCUCGGCUUUUCCAGGCCUGCGCAGACGAACAGCGAGCUCAUCCUCCUCGUCGUACUCCACCUCCCAAUCCCACAGCCCGCCAUCCCAAGAGUGGGAAGCGUGGGUUCUCAACCGCCCGGACACGAGCGGUGACUUUGAGACCAGGCCGCUGGAUGAGCCGGAACCGGAUAUGGCAGCGUCUCCGGGCCUGCGUGGCCACCACCACCACCACCACCACCACCAACAUCACCGCCAGAACCUGAUGAUAUCCGAGCUGGGUCCCAUGGUCAGAGUUGGCACGAUGAGUGUCGCAGUCGGGUUUGGAGAUGUGGUGAAGGUGGUCAGUGUCGGGCACGAGCAUUUUGAUAAGAGUAUGGACGGGUCGCUUGGGUUGGGCUUGGGCCUGACCCUGGGGAUGGGCCCGGAUAUGCAGGUGUUGGGUGUUGCAAGUCGCAGGAAGAAGGCGUUAGGUUCUCCAUCGGGGAGGGUAGCCGGUGGCGGCGGCGGUGGUGGUGGGUCUUGAGUGUGAAAGAUGUAAUUGCUGUUGCGCCAGGAGCGGGACUUGCUACCUUAGGAUAGCGGCAGACUGGGGGGAUAUUAAAAUGCUCGAACCAGUAUAUACCUUACAUAUAUAUAUAAGCCGAUUAAAAGCGUAUUGUACCUAAUACAACGUCGCUCGCAGAACAUGACCUGCGUUGCCCGUAUAAAUAACAUUAGUGCUAGAGAUACACCCAGAAAGACAAACAUUCCAUCUAUCAAGCUCG